AUGAAUCCUCUGGUCUUCGUUGUGUUCCUUUGCGUUGCGACAGCGAUAGCUUCUGCAGGCCGUCAAUAUGGUGGUGGGGGCAACGGUGGAGGAGGGGGCGAUCGCGGAGGCAACUACGGAGGCUACGGAGCAGGCCGUGGCAAUGGUGGAUACGGCGGAGGCAACCGCGGAAGCUAUCGCCGAGGAUACGGCGGCGUAGGCGGUGGAGGCAAGAGUGGUGGAUACGGUGGAGGCGACGGCGGUGGAUAUGGUGGCGGAUACGGCAGAAACUACGGCGGAGGAAACGAUGGUGGAAAUGAUGGUGGUGACGGAGGUGGAAACGACGGUGGGGAUGAUGGAGGAAAUAACGGAGGCUACAGUGGAAGAUACGGUGGCGGCUAUGGUGGAGGCACUGGCGGAGGCAACCGCGGUGGAACCGCUGUGGGCUACGGUGGCGGCUAUGAUGGCGGCUAUGGUGGAGGCUAUGGCCGAGGCUACGGUGGAAGAUACGGCGGAGGCUACGGUGGAGGCUACGGCGGAGGCUACGGCGGAGGCUACGGCGGAGGCUACGGCGGAGGCUACGGCGGAGGCUAUGGCGGAGGCUACGGCGGAGGCUACGGUGCAGGGUAUCUCCCAUUCUACGAGGAUCGUCGUUGA